GAAGGCGAGGAUGCCCCGAAAAAGGCGAAAUCAAGCAAGUUGACCCCACUCGAACAGCAGAUCUACGAUCUCAAAAUGCAACAUAGAGACAAACUGCUGGCCAUUCAAGUUGGCUACAAAUACAAGUUCUAUGGCGAGGAUGCUCGUGCUGCGUCGCAAAUUUUGAACAUCAUGUUCAUUCCAGGACGGCUGUUUUUCACCAACAGCGAUGACCUGUACGAUAAACUGGCCUACUGCUCUAUUCCCGACGUGAGACUUCAUGUUCACCUGAAACGGUUGCUGAGUGCCGGCUACAAAGUUGCCGUUGUUGACCAGAACGAGACAGCAGCCAUCAAGUCCACCACAGCGUCGAAAAACAAGCUGUUUGAGCGACGCAUCAGUAAAGUGUACACUUCGUCCACGUACAUCGACAACGAAGACGUGAUUUCUGGGGGCCGGUUCGUUGUCGCGUUGACAGAGACUAAGAACAAGGAAACCCCUGUGAUAUCUCUGGUUGCCGUUGACGUUUACUCUGCAGACAUCAUAUAUGACGAGUUUGAGGACAAUUUUGUGCGCAACGAGCUGGAAACUAGGCUUUACCAUCUCGAUCCAACGGAAUUUCUAUUAAUCGGAGAGAUUUCGCGUGAAACACAGAAAGCGUUGGAUCUGUUUAAACGGUACACUCGUGAGUCGGCAACUAGCUUGCGGUCGGAGGCCAGGGAUGCAAAGACAUACACGCAGAUCGCCGAUGUUCUGAACGUCAACCUAUCCGACGAGGCCUUUGAUCUCGUCGCAAAGCUUUCAGUCGCUGUCCAAGGUUGUUUUGCAGAGCUCGUCGAGCACAUGAUCGAGUUCGAAUUGGCCAACGUGUUUGAUCUGGUGGACAAAUACACCCAUUUUUCCAGCGUCCAUCGAUGCAUGAUUUUGGACGCAAACACUCUGCGUAACCUCGAAAUAUACAAAAACAGCACCAAUGGCCAGGAGUACGGCUCUCUGCUGUGGAUGCUGGACCAUACAAAUACCCAGUUCGGACGCAGAGAGCUAAGACGAUGGAUCGGCAGGCCAUUGACGGACAGAGAAGAGGUGGCCAAGAGAGCAGACUCCGUGGAGAGCAUUAUGAAAAACUACCAGUCCGUGGCCAUCGAGUCGACCGUCAAGCUUUUGCGCAAUUGUCCGGACCUGGAGGCGGCGCUCAGUCGUAUCCACUACGGCCGGUCCAAACGCAAGGACACUUAUAUGUUUCUCAAAAAAAUGAACGAGAUUCUCCAGUUCUACGGAGACCUCCCAGACACCUAUGCUACCUCUGUGCAGACCAACCCGUCUCUACGGGAGAUAUUCGAUGAUCUCAAAACUUCAGCCUCCUCUGGGCUCAAAGACUUCAGGAAUUUGCUGGACAUGGUCCACUCGCCAGCAGCCAUCGACGACACGAGCCCCGAGCACGUGACCGGCUAUUUCAACACCAGCUUCUUUGAUUACCACCUGAUCCAACAGCAUCUGGAGAACAUUUCUCAGGUGGAGCAGCAGCUGGAAGCCGAACUCAAGGAAAUCCGUAAAAUCGUUGGCCGUCCAGGCAUGGGCUAUGUGACCAACAACAAGGAGCCGUAUUUGGUGGAGGUGCGCAACACUCAGGUUGCCAGCCUGCCGAAAGACUGGCUUAAAAUCAACGGCACCAAGUCUGUGUCGCGGUUCAGAACUCCUUCGGGAGCCGCACUCUACAGACAGAUCCAGUACCACUCAGAGAUGCUCCAGAAAGAGUGCAACGACUGCUUCACCAAGUUUGUCAAAAGAAUCGACGAAUACUAUCUCGACUUGAACAAAACUAUUCGACAUCUCGCUGUUCUAGACUCACUAAUUUCCCUGAGUGCCGCCUCCUCGCUCAACGAAGGCUAUACAAAACCUGUGUUUGUGGACUCUCCGUGCAUUGAUGUGAAAAACUCUCGCAACCCAAUUUCGGAAAACCUCAAGACAUCAACUCGUUACAUUCCCAACGAUUUCAAGAUGUCGCACUCAGAAGGCAGAAUAGCCUUGAUCACAGGUCCGAAUAUGGGAGGAAAGUCGUCUUUCAUCCGCCAGAUCGCACUGCUUGUGGUCAUGGCACAGAUAGGCUGCUACAUACCUGCGGACUCCGGGUCCAAGCUGAGCAUUUUCGACUCGAUCCACACCCGAAUGGGCGCACAAGACGAUAUUAUCAAGGGAGAGUCUACGUUUCAGGUGGAGCUGAAGGAAUGCAGCACCAUUUUGAAAGAGUGCGGACCACGGUCGCUGGUUCUGAUGGACGAAGUGGGCCGCGGAACCAGUACCAUGGACGGCUUCGCCAUAGCGCAUUCCAUUCUGCGGUACCUUGUUACAGAUAGGUCGCCGUUUGUACUAUUCAUUACACACUAUCAGAACCUGAGGUCGUUUGAGAGGUUCAAAGAGGUGAAAAGUUACCAUAUGGGCAUCCAAAAAGUGGAUGAAGACAUCGUCUUCACAUAUAAGCUAUCCGCAGGAUGCUCUGAUCGUUCAUACGGUAUCAAUUGUGCAAAGUUGGCAGGACUGCCUAAACCUGUUCUUGAAUCCGCACAUCAGAACUCAGUCAGGUUCGAAAAUGACUGGAGACUCAAGGAGGCACUGAGUCUG